AUGGGUUUCAAACUUGUCAUGAUUCUUUUGUCAAUACUUAUUUUCUCAUCCUCAACAUAUGCAAAUGCAAGAAGAGAGCUCCUAUCAGAUGGUGGUGAAUUUGACGUGACCAGUGCGAAAUACGGUGGAAAAGCUGAUUCUGAUAUUUCUCAGGCUUUAGCAAAUGCUUGGAAAGAUGCAUGUGCAUCAACAUCUCCAAGUAAAGUUAUUGUUCCAAAAGGGACAUACAAAGUAAAAGAAGCAGAAUUCAAAGGUCCUUGUAAGGCUCCUAUUGAGAUUCAGGUCCAAGGCACAUUGCAGGCUCCAGAAGAUGCCACCCAACUCACCAAACCAGAUACUUGGAUCGGGUUUUUGUACAUUGACGACUUCACAUUAUCAGGUGGUGGAACCUUUGAUGGUCAAGGAUCAAAAUCUUGGAAAGCCAAUGACUGUCAGAAAAACCCCAAGUGUUCUGGCACCAUUAAUCUGAGGUUCCACGCCAUCAAGAAGUCUACAGUUAAGGAUAUAACCUCACUUAACAGCAAGAACUUCCACAUCAACGUAAUUAGUUGCGAGCAACUUACCUUCGACCAUGUCACCAUCACUGCACCUGGAGAUAGCCCUAACACAGAUGGAAUCCAUAUUGGUCGCUCAACUGGGGUCAACAUUACUGAUUCGACUAUCGGAACCGGAGACGAUUGCAUUUCAAUUGGCGAUGGUACCAAGCAACUGACGAUAACUAAGGUGACUUGCGGACCAGGCCAUGGAAUAAGCGUUGGAAGUCUCGGAAAGUACGACAAGGAAGAUCCUGUUGAAGGAAUCAAUGUUAAGAACUGUACCCUCAGUAAAACAACUAAUGGUGUUCGAGUCAAGACCUGGCCUAAUUCUCCUUCACCCGGAACUGCCACAGAUAUUCACUUUGAAGAUAUCAUCAUGGACAAUGUUCAGAACCCAGUUGUCGUAGAUCAAGAAUACUGCCCAUGGAACCAAUGUGAUAAAUCGGCUUCAUCGAAAAUCAAGAUCAGCAAUGUGAGUUUCAAGAACAUUAGGGGAACAUCUGCAACUGCGUUGGCCGUGAAGGUUGCAUGUGCCAAAGCUAAUCCAUGUGAUAAGGUGGAGCUGACUGACAUUGAUCUCAAAUUCACCGGACAAGGUCAACUCACUUCACAGUGUACUAACACCAAGCCCACAAUUUCUAAUGUGGCAAAGCCUCUUGCUUGUGCUACUGACGCUCCUGUAGCAGCUGGACAGCAGACUCCAGCUCAGGAGUCUUCUUCUGACUAA